AAAUCCGAUCCGAUUGGACCACCACCAGGAUAGCGGAAGACUCGAUAUUUUAAAAAGGGAGACACCGUCGAUGCGUCUGAAGAACUAUUCUGACUCAUUGAGGACCAUCUUGGACGUCCUCCCCCUCCCCUGUUCCUCUCUCUGGAGUUCAGUUCAUCUACUAAAGUAGAGGUUCUCGUCUCUUCGCUGCCGGCGUUCCCGGAUGCACAACGCUCCAUCCCUGACGACUGGCAGACGAUCUGAGGACUUCCGGCUCACGACCCUCUGCCUCUCUCUGACGGGGACUCUUGGUGGUGUCCAGGUGUGCGGGGGUCCGGGGCCAUGAGUAGCUGCUGGGGGGACAGUCUCCAGAACCCUUUGACGUGGAACAGCUGAAAUGGGGACAGGACUUGCCGCCAUGCUGCAGGCUCAGCUGUAAUCGCCGUGACGACGACGCCCUCUCCGCUCACCUCGCUCUCCACUUAGACUCGGCCGCUUGCCCCCCCCCCAAACUGCUGCCCUGCUGCCUCCCUCCUUUCUACUGAGGCCAUCUCCAACGCUCCUUAUCCGAACCAUGGCCGGCAGACUCCGCUCGUCCUCCCCGUUCCUCCACCUCCUGCUCCCUGCACUGGUGCUCCUCCACCUGCCCGGCAUGGUGAAGGGUGACUGCUGGCUGAUAGAAGGGGACAAAGGCUACGUUUGGCUGGCUAUCUGCAGCCAGAACCAGCCUCCGUACGAGACCAUCCCCCAGCACAUCAACAGCACGGUUCAUGAUCUGAGGCUGAACGAGAACAAACUGAAGGCGGUGCUCUUCACCUCCAUGUACCGCUUCACCAACCUCACGGACCUCAAUCUUACCAAGAACGAGAUCAGCUACAUCGAGGACGGGGCCUUCGCCGGACAGGCCAACCUGCAGGUUCUCCAGCUGGGCUACAAUAAGAUGACCAACCUGACUGAGGGCAUGUUGAGAGGUCUGGGCCGAAUGCAGUGCCUCUUUUUGCAACACAACCUUAUUGAGGUCAUUGCCACCAAUGCCUUCUGGGAGUGCCCGAGCCUCAGCAGCCUGGACUUAUCUUCCAAUAAGUUGGCCCGUCUGGACCCGUCUACCUUCACUGUCCUCAACAGGCUGCUGGUGUGUGAACUGGCAGGAAAUCCGUUCCACUGUGGCUGCGAUCUCUACAGCUUCCUCGCCUGGCUGGAGGCGUUCAACAACGUCACCCACACCUACGACCGCCUCCAGUGCGAAACCCCUCUGGAAAUGACUGGUUUUCCACUUCUUAGCCCGGUGCCCGGACACGGAAAAAAUGCCCGUUACACUCUUUUAGCCAUGUGUCGGGAUGGUGUGAUAAUUCCAGGGAUGACUUCCCAGACACCUGAUCAGGAUGGCUCAGGUUUUGACAACCCGGACCAAGUCGUGCAGAUCCCACGGCCAUACAGCAAGAUGUACAUCCUCUCCCAGUUCAACCAAAGUUUUUCUGUAGACAUCAAGUCCCUUAUAAAAAAGAAGGAGGUACUAAAUUUGGACAAACUGAAACCGCACACAAACUACACGUAUUGUGUGGUUUCUGCAAGCAAAUAUCAGCGCUACAAUCACACCUGUCUGUCCUUUACCACACGGGCUAUGGGACCAGAGGACCCGCGAGCCAAUCCAUCCACAACUACCCACUACAUCAUGACCAUCUUGGGGUGUCUGUUUGGCAUGGUCAUUGUGCUCGGAUUGGUCUAUUACUGUCUCAGACGGCGACGCAUCGAGGAAGAGAAGCAGAAGGCUAUAAGUGUGAAGAAAACUAUUUUGGAGAUGAGGUAUGGCCCUGAGGCGGCUGCUGCUGUGGCUAAUGACCCAGGCGCCAUGCAGCGUCUCCAGGAGCAAGCUCACCACCAGCACCACCACUCAGGGGGAGCAGGAGGCAAGCUGCCCCCAUCUGCCUCCUCUAGCACAGGCAUGCUCCACGGCUCUACCAACACCAGUUCUUCCCGCCUCUCCACCUUGCCACAGGUGGAAAAAAUGGCCAGUGCUUUUUCUGAGGCAAUGGGCGGCAAAGGAAACUACAUGGAUGUGAGGACAGCGGGAUUGGCAGGGGAAGGAAGAGAGGGAGGGACGGGAGUUGGAGGAGCAGUGAUAGGAGGGGAAGUACUUGUGGAUAGGCGAGGUGGGGCUGAGAAUGGGACGGAGGCUGGGGAGGAUUCGGAUGACGAUGGCCGUGGCUCAGCAUCAGAGAUCUCCACCAUCGCCAAGGAGGUGGACAAGGUGAACCAGAUCAUCAACAACUGCAUUGAUGCCCUGAAGCUGGAUGCCUCCGCUAAUGUUGUAACCACGGCUGACAAUGGCAACCCUGUGUCCUCCUCCCAGCCGCAAACUUGCAUCACCUCCCUCCCCCGCAACCUCCUGCCCCUCUCUCCAGGCCACCCUGGAGAUCAGAUCAUGGCCUCCUCUCCAAAGGUGCAUCCAAAGUGUCAUCCCCAGUCUCACCCUCAGCCACAUCCUCAGUCACAUUCUCAUCCUCAGCUACAUCAGCCACCUCACCCGCCUUCAAUGGCCCCAGUGCCCCUUGUCAUGUCCCUCUCUGAGCGGCCGGGCAUCAGCGGUGGGGGGUUCCUCUCCCCUCCUUACCGUGACCCACCCCCAGCUAAUGCCGUGCGGCCCCUUCAGAGGCAGUUGAGCGCUGACACUGGUGUGGCGAAGAAUCGUUGUGGUGCCCCGGCUGCGGGAUCUGCCAAGAACAACAGGGUGUUCAGUGUAGAUAUCCCUGAGCAACGCAGUGAUCCUCCCAAGUACCCAACAGAAAAAGGCAGCCCUGGGGGUUGUGGCGGAGGUGGUGGCUGCAAUGGGAAUGGGAUGGGAAACAUAAAUGGCGGUGGGGUGAGUUUGAAUGGGGGCGGGAUGGGGUGUAAUAACGGCAGUGGAGGCGCAGGUGUUGGCCCUGGACAGCAGCAGCAGCAGCAGCACCACUUGGAGGUUCAGCCAGACUACCACAGCUCUGAGCACCGGCACUCCUUUCCUGCACUCUACUAUGAGGGCGGCAACGAGUCACCCUCACCAGCCCAAAAGGCGUCCUUCCUCAAGCCACUGGGCCGCACCAAGAGGGAUGCCAAAGCCACCUACUCCCAGCUCUCACCUUCUCGCCACCACAACUACAACUCUGGCUACUCCUCCAGUCCUGAGUAUUCGUCUGAGAGCACACUGCGGAUCUGGGAGCGAUUCCGGCCUUACAAGAAGAGCCCCAGAGAGGAAGCCUCGUACAUAGCGGCAGGCCACGCCCUGCGUAAGAAGGUGCAGUUUGCCAAGGACGAGGACCUUCACGAUAUUUUGGACUACUGGAAGGGAGUUUCUGCCCAGCAGAAGCUGUGAGCAGAAGAAGCUAAGUAAAAUGGUGUAAGGGAGAUUGUGAGGUUGGAUGCCAACAGCAAACUAAAAAAAGAGGACUAGAUGUUAUUGUAGCAAGACGGAUGAUGAUGAUGACGAUGUUUCCUAUGGGGUGUCCAGUGACACGGUUCAUUCCCAGAGUUGAAGAGGUAUCUCUGAGUGUAUUUUUUUUCUAACUGAUUCUGUGAUAAUCCAUUGACAUUUUAGACCAGUUGUUUCUGAAGUUGGCUGUGUUCAGCACAAUACUGAGUGAUAAUUGAAUCACGCUGUUCACCAGAGUACCUCAUACUGGGCACUUUGGUCCUUGCAGGCAGUCCUUGCAGUAAGCCCACUGAAUCCACACUGAC